GUCACGUGGUUCCGAUCAGUGUUAUUGCGCUCAGCUGUUCCAGGAGUGACAGUUUGUUCCUGCAGAAACUUCACAGAUCCAGACAUGGCCCACGUCUCCGUCCACGUCUUCAUCCUGCUGUCCGUCUGCCUGGCCUGUCCGUCCGUCAGCGGCCUGUUUGAGUGGCUGCGGCAGACGCCCCCCCCUCCUGAAGCUGGAAACCCUCCUGAAGCUGACGCACCUGCAGCACCUCCUGCCCCCCCCACCGCCCCCCCCACCGACACCCCUCUCCUCUCCGCCCACGCCGGGUUUGAGGUUUUGACGGCAGACGAGAAGUUCCUGGCCGAGGCCAAACAGCUGCAGCUCAGCCCGCUGGACGGCUGCCACCACCGGGUGGUGGCGCGCCUGAGGUCGAGCUGUGGAAACCUCUCCGAGGAAGAUCUGGCCAAACUGGGAGUGGAACUGUUCAACUGCCAGGCGGAGACGGAGGGACGGCAGACCUUCCCCUGCACCGGAGACAUGACCCUCCGGGCCUGCACGGCCGGCAUGGACGCCGACACCUGGACCUCCUACCACAUCGUGAGCAACCGAGCGCGGAGCGUCUGCUACGCCGUCCGGCAGCAGCUGUUCCGGCGCCGGGCGGAGCUGACGGUCAACGCGCUGAUGCACACGGCCAGCAGCCAGCUGGACGCCAUGCAGGACCUCAAGGACGGGCAGCAGCAGCUGAAGGCGCUCACCUCGGCCUCCCUGCAGCAGCUGCUGGACGGACACCAGGACCUGCAGGCCCAGCAGGGCCGGCUGCACGAGGGCCAGGGCCACGUGGAGGCCUCGCUCCGGGAGAACCUGCAGCGUCUGGGCCACGAGAAGGCGCUGAUCGCCUCGGGCCAGGAGCUGGUGGCCCAGCUCAUCCAGGGCAUCGCCAGCAAGAUGGAGAACGUGAGCGAGCGUCUGCAGAGCCAGAACUCGGAGGUGCAGGACGGACACAAGGCCAUCGUUCAGGACCUGACGGACGUCCGUCUGCAGGCGCAGGACAUCCACCACAAGAUCGACACCAGCCUGCUGGAGUUCCUGCAGUACCAGGACCGGACCGCCCAGUACUACGCCGACCUGAUGGCCAAGCUGGAGCGCAUGAACGGCACGCUGGGCGUCAUGCUGCGCUACAUGGACGCCACGCAGACCCGCGUGGAGGAACGCCUGGCGCUGAUCCAGGGAUACCUGGGCUGGGCGGGUCUUAGUCUGACGGCCAUGUGGACGUGCGUCGCCCACGCCGGCUACUUCGUGGUCGGUGCCGUCCUGCUGACGUUCCUGCGCUGCCCAGGCUUUUCCCGGGCGGCGCUGCUGCUCACGGUUCCCCUGAACGCCGUGGCCGAGGUGAACCAGCAGCCGGCCCUGGACCUGGCCGGCCUGAGCCUGCUGCUGCUGGCCACGUCCCUAGGCCACUGGUUCCUGACCGGGUUGUGGUCCUGGGUCCGGCCCGGGGGGAAGCCUGCGGCGCCGCUGCCCAUCGCCCUGGUCGCUGUGGACCAGCAGGAACCAGAAUCCCCCCAGCACCGUUACCCAGCAUCCUCCACUCCACAGAGAGAGGAGAAGGAAACCGUUUACGACCUGCUGGAGAAAGACGACUUUCUAUCAGGAGACUUCAGCGUGUCGGCCGUGUCGCCCCCGCCCAGGAAGCUGCAGGAUCCGCGGUUCCUCGUCUCCUUCAACCACUCCACGCCCAGGUUUACGGCCCCGCCCCUUUUCCCCGGGGCUCCGGGGGACGACGUCCCCACAAAGAUGCUGGGGGGAGUUUUUGACGCCGUCAACGACUCUCACGGCUUCACCUGCGACUCCAGGAGCGCCAGCCCGGCGCCGUCGGUGCUGUCGGUGCUCAGCAACGGCUCCAUGUCGGGCCGCCAGCUCUGCAACGGCCUCACCAAGACCGGCAAGGCCUGCAAGAAGAGGGCGGUUCUGGGCCAGGAGUUCUGCCGGCUCCACCAGCCCGGGCCGGGCCUGGACUAGCCCGGGUCCACCGGGCCUGGACUAGCCCGGGUCCACCAGCCCGGGCCGGGCCUGGACUAGCCCGGGUCCACCAGCCCGGGCCGGGCCUGGACUAGACCGGACCUGAGACCUGGUCCCUCCACCGACGUCUCUGCAGAAACUUCCUCAUCUUUGCUUUUAUGCACUUACUGCUUUUUUUUAACCAAGCUCUUAAUUUGUAAAGUUAUUUGUUGUUUUUAAAUAAAUUAUUUCUUCACCAACUCCCCACAUCUCCUCCAGGUUCAGAACCCACGAUGUUUCAGACCAAAACAUUGACCUCGUAGAAAAACCCAAAGCACCAGCACAUACCAGCUUUAGUUUUAAAUAAGUUUAAAUGACGUCGAUAACCAUGUAAUCUG